GACCCGAGACUCGGAAGGAAACGCAAAGUUGCCGACCGCGGAUCGCGGGCGUUGUUCCCCGCUAGACACGUGUUCGCUCACUACAAACGUGGAAGGAAUUGUUUUCUUUUCCCUCCUCCAGCAUCGUCACGCAUCAAACUUGAGCUUUUUCAACGUGACAGCAAACAAUUUGACGUCGGAGUUUGCUCGUCGAGUUACUUUCGUCAGUCGAGUCAACUUCAGAGGAAGAAGACGACGACAACAGAAUUGUGUCUCCUUGUUUGGCUGAUCAAUGGAGGCGCGUUGGGCUCAUGUGGCUCGCCGCCGUCGUUUCCCGUCCGCCGCCGCUCGCCGGUGCCCAGCCUCGGUCGAUGUCCCUACGCCCGAAUGAAGAGGAAGAAGAAAAAAAGUACACAAGAGGACCACGGCCUUCUUCCGGCUCACAAACGCACAAAGAAGAGGAAAGAGACGGGAGAAGGAAGAGACCAAGAGGACGGGAUUCCUGCCGCCGGAAAGCCGAGGAAGAAAAAGCGAGACAAACGAGACCCGGUCGCUGGGGCUGUGGAGAAGGCCGAAGAAGAACGAGAGGACCAAAAAGAGGACGACGGCGUCCUUCCCGCCGAGGCGCUCGCCCGCAAAGCCAAGAAACGAAGAAAAGAGAAAAUCCGAGAAGCGGACAAAGACGACGACCGUGUUCCUCCUGCCGACGUGCGCAAAAAGAAGCGCAAGAGAGCAGAAGAAAGCCUCCUUGUCGCUGACGGCGAGACGGAGGAGAGCGUUGCCGUGGCCGCCGACGGACACCAGCUUGACCGAGCUGACUGCUUGGACUCCCGUUUGGUGGCUGAGUUGGAAGAGUUUGUUCCCAACGUGAGGAAGAGAGCCGAGUCCGAGAUCAAGACCCUUCUGCGUCACGACCUGGAGCGCUUCCGAGUCUUCAAAGAGCAAGGCCUGCGCGUGCGUUGGGGCCGCUUCACGCACGAGGAGAAUGUGCGGAUCCGAGAAAACGUGGCGCGCUUCCUGGCGGUGACGGGCAUCGCCUCCGCCGACCAGCUUCUCUUCCCGCAUCGCUACGAGGAGCUGCGGGCCGACAUCAAGAGGCUGAAAAAGCAACAUGGCUUCUUGGAGGCCAUCGCCGAGGGAAUCCCCAGACCGUGCAAGCAGGUGGUGACCCGGGCCGUCAAGCUGGACCGCAUGAACCACAUGGGAGAGUUCACCGAGGAGGAGCUGGAUCGUCUGGUCAAGUUGCACACGCUCCACGGCAACGACUGGAGCACCAUCGCCAGGAAGAUGGGACGCAGCAAAUUCGCCUUGCAGAAGCGCUUCGUCAGCAUCGCGACGGGGCGAGGCCUGUGGACGUCGGAGGAGGAGAACAGGCUGGAGGAGGUGGUCAAGGCUCACCUGGAGGCGCUGGUUCAAGGAGCCGCCGGAGACCCCCGUUUGACGCUGCGUCAGCUUUGCGCGCGUUUGCCCUGGACGGAGAUCAGCCAGCACGUGCGCACCCGAUGCUGGACCCAGUGUCGCGUCAAGUGGUUCUGUAUCCUGCAGGCCCGUCUGUCGCAGAAGAACCCCAGGAAACCCCCGGAGGGACUGAGGACCAGGCUCCACCUGAUCAACACGUACGCUGUACGCUUUGAACAUCGAGGACGCUUGCGACAUCGAUUGGGAUACGGUUUCCAGCAUCCUGGGCGGCGUGACUCCGCUCUGCGUUCAGAAGCUUUUCCGAAGCCUCAAAGUCCGCAACGUUCCCGACUGGCCUCGGCUCUCCUACGGAGAGAUCAUCGACUUCCUGCAGGAGCACGUGACGCCGCGUCUGGAGGAGCGGCUACGGCGCUACGACAAAUGGCGGCAGGAGGACGAGGCGGAGCGCCCGGCGCCCCCCGACGACUCGUACUCUCUGUCGGACAUCUUCGUGGACGAAGAAGAUGGCCAUUUGCUGGAAGUGGAUAACACUCGGCCGAGCAGAGGCCGAUCCAAGUGCGGGAGGGAGUGGCCCGAAGCGCAGCCCACGCUUGAGCCCACGGCGACGCCGCAACCAUCAUCGUCCCGAGCGGGUCGCUGACUCGGUUGCAUCUGCUGCUCGUCCCCUCCCAUUGCAAAAUGCUGAUAUCAGAAUUGGCUCAGACAGUGUGUUCCCGCGUCACCUCUCCUGGCUUUCCGUGAGACAGUCGCGCUCGCUCUGUGUUUUAUUGGCGGUCGGCCAUUGUUACCGCCGCCGUGCUCUCUGAAUACAGCUAUUUUUCAAAGCAA